CAAUUUCUUUGGCGAUCUGAUUUGAAAGCUGGUGAGAGGGAAGGAAGAGUCGAGAAAGACAGAGAGAGAUAGAGGAAAAGAGAGAGAGAGGGAUGAUGGAAGGGACGGUGGUGAGCGAGAAUGCGACGAUUAUAAGGGUAGCGGCCAUAUGUGGUUCUCUUCGCCGCGCCUCUUUCAACCGCGGACUCAUCCGCUACGCCAAGAAGCUAUGCGAAGAGGACAUAAGCGGUAUGCAUAUAGAGUUAGUCGACAUCGGUUCCCUUCCUCUCCUAAACACAGACCUAGAGAUCGAUGGUGGCUACCCUCCGGUUGUCGAUGCCUUCCGCCGAAAAAUACUCGAGGCCGAUAGUAUCCUCUUUGCCUCGCCCGAGUACAACUAUUCGCUGUCUGCUCCUUUGAAAAACGCCAUUGAUUGGGCCUCUCGACCUCCAAAUGUGAUGGCUGGAAAAUCUGCCGCAGUUGUAAGUGCUGCAGGAGGUUCUGCUGGGCAACGAUCACAGUAUCAUCUACGCCAAGUGGGAGUUUUUCUGGAUCUACAUUUCAUCAACAAGCCUGAAUUGUUCAUUUUAGGUCAUAAGCCCCCAAAGAAAUUCGAUAGCGAUGGGAAUUUGAUCGACUCUGAGAUUCAACAGAGGCUGAAGGAACUGCUCUUAUCACUGCAGUCCUUCACCUGUCGACUUCAGCGGGGUAACACUAACACCAUUGUUUAGCAAGCAAUGUACUUGUCUUUUCUAUGAAGUACCCAUCUUCCUGUUUAAUUUUCAGUUCAUAUUAUUAUUGUAUGAGAUUCU